AUGUAUGUACCGAACGGAUACAAGUACCAAAAGCGCGGGGAGUCAGGGAGUCAGGGAACCCCUCCCACCAUCCAUUUACCGUCUUUCCAACAGCCAAAGUGGCGGACAGAGUUUCGACCCAUCACAUCGCAGACAUCCCUACAUCUCAAAACCAAAACACCCCCUGAAGGCGCUCUCCUUUUAGCAAAUGAUCAGCCGCCAAUCUACCUCUCAGUCCAGACGGCUGGGUCGGGCGUCGGAUGGCCCUGA